AUGGCAGUACCUUUACCUCCAAAGUUCAAAAUCCCUCAUAUAGAAGCAUAUGACGGGUCAAAAGACCCAUUGGAACACUUAGAGACUUUCAAGGCUCACAUGAUCCUACACGGAUUCCCCAAUGAAGUGGCAUGCAGAGCGUUCCCCAUCACUCUAAAGGGGGCAGCACGGUCGUGGUUCGCUUCCCUACGGCCGGGAACUGUUGACAGCUUCAAUGAGCUGGCACAUCUCUUCUUGACGUAUUUCAUGGCCAGCCGGACAAGGAGAAGACCGGCGGCCUAUCUCCUAACCGUUAAACAAAGGGAUGAUGAGAACCUCAAGUCAUACCUUUGUCGAUUUAACAAAGAGCGUAUGACAACAGAUGACCAAGAUGAAAAGAUCACCUUGGCUGCACUAUUAGGAGGGGUCUGGCCUCGUAACCUCUUCAUGAAGGAGAUCGCUCGGAAGACCCCGACCUCGCUGAGAGAGUUUAUGGACCGCGCAGACGGUUUCAUAAAUGCAGAAGAUACGCUCUGA